AUGAAGGGAAUCAGCUCACCUUCAUAUCUCCCAUCCUAUAUGCAGUAUGCACUGCCUGCUCUAAAAUGGCGCUGGCGCUAUUUUACCGAAGGCUUUCGCCCCAGAUAUGGUGGAAAUGGUGUGUGUACAGCGUAUUUUUUUCUCGUUGCUGGCUAUAACCUGGCCAUCUUGCUCGUGGUUCUGUUCGGGUGUACGCCGUUCAAGAAAAGUUGGGAUCUCACGAUACUCGAAGGCUCAUGCGUGGAUCGAGGAGCAGUGUACAUCUGCACAGCGGCACUGGGCAUUCUUUCGGAUCUUGUCCUUCUCAUCAUGCCCUUGCCGAUGAUUCUGCAGCUGCAGAUGCCACGAAGGCAAAAGGCUGGUCUUGUGGUGUUGUUUGUCAUUGGUUCUGCAACACUUGUAACGUCUGUGGUUCGACUAGUACUACUAGUUCCGAUGGUUGAUGCAAACGACUACACCUGGGUUCUCUCAAGUGCAGUUGUUUGGAUCUUUGUCGAGGCCAACCUCUUGAUAAUAUGCGCGUCGCUGACGACGCUUCGUCGUUUCUUCAUCCAUGUCGCACCCAAAUUUAUCGGCGAACGCGGGACAUCAGUUCAAUACUCCGCCACCAGUAAAGGAGCACGGCAACAUCCAUUCCAUACAAUAGGGAGCAUUAGAAACAAAAUGCGGAAGGAUAGGCUCGAUGUUCAGAUUGAAGAUCCCGGAUUUGACCUCAAGACAAUCGUCCAGGCGCAGCCCGUGACGACCGAAGUCACGGCGUACGAGACAGACGAACAGCCAGAACAGAUGAUACGGCACUUGCGGAGACAAGAGUCAGUGAAUAAAUUUGGCGAGGCCGCUGUGAGGGCUCAGACUCAGAUGUGGGAUCCCCGGAGCAGCAGCGAUGAUGAGGAGCGGGCGAUUGUUCAGACGACAACGGUGACAGUUGUAUACGGGCCAAGGGCCUGA